GACGACUUUGUCCCUACUAGCUUAGCGGUGCCGUCGGGUACAGAUCACGUGACUUUUUCUUAAAGCGAAACGCGCAUGGACAAAUAGUGUUGCCGGACUAUUUGGCCAUUUGCUUCAUGGGGUGUUCGGAAAAACAGUUUAGCAGAUUGUUAUCGUCCCUCAAAUCAGCUUGACAGUGCUAAGCGUCUGUUUACUGUCACCACGCCUUGGACAAAGAAAUCUCGCCGUCAAAACAUCCACAUGAGCCCAAUUUCAUAGUUUCUGGCCACUGACCUGUAGCCAAUGGAUCGCUAUUGGCGCUCAAAAAAUCACGGAUAACUGCUGGAGCUAACGGUUUGGCUAGUAGCUGAGCUAGCUGUUGUCAUUCUCAGCACAUCCACUCAAAGGCAGAUGGACGUUUCGCCUUUCAUCCGAGCAGGGUUCAUCAGUUCAGGCACGAGCAUCGGUAGGACAAAUAACUGAAAUAGCUGUCAGGGGUGAGGGGGGAGCCGCCGCCUCCGCUCUCCAGAGGGUCCAUCGGCCGCCGGCUGAUGCAGCGAUGCGGCACCACUGGUUGUUCCUCGGGGCUUGCGGCUGGGUGCUGCUCAUCCUCGUGUUUGUCACCAAGUUCAUUAGCCACAGAGCUGUCGAUGAAUAUGAUGAAGAGAGGCUCGGUGGUCAGAGUUCGACUGUGUCGGGACACACGGCGGCGAAGCUUCCACUGCCCUCUGCAGAAAAAACGGUUUCGCAGCAACCGGAUCAGUGGAGGGCUCAGUCUUCAGCUGCCCCCACGGUGGCUGAAUGGGACUCCGUUGUUGGGAAGAGACUACAACUGCUCUCAGCUGUAUGCAACAACAGCAGCCUCAGGAAUUUGACUCGCAUCCCAAUCAGCAAGUUUGUACUGGACCGCAUCUUUGUCUGCGACAAGCACAACAUCUUAUUCUGUCAGACACCCAAAGUGGGCAACACGCAAUGGAAGAAGGUCCUAAUCACCCUCAACGGAGCCUUUUCCGGCGUGGAGGAGAUCCCAGAGAACCUGGUCCACGACCAUGAGAAGAACGGCCUACCUCGCCUCUCAUCACUAACGCCGCAGGAAAUUACACACAGGUUAAAGAAUUACUUUAAGUUUUUCAUCGUGAGAGAUCCAUUCGAGCGUCUGAUAUCUGCCUUCAAUGACAAGUUUAUAAAGAACCCCCGCUCUGAGCCUUGGUACCGGCAUGACAUCGCUCCCGCCAUCAUCCGCAAAUACCGCAGAAGCCAUCGUGACAGUGACCAUGCAGCGUCUGGCUUACACUUUGAGGAAUUUGUCCGUUACCUGGGGGACGUUGAGGGCCGCCGCCGGAUGGAUCGUCAGUUUGGCAGGCACAUCAUUCACUGGAUGACGUAUGCAGAGUUGUGUGCGCCAUGUGACAUCCACUACGAUGUCAUAGGACACCACGAGACGCUGGAGCGAGAUGCUGCCCACAUCUUGAGGAGAGCAGGCAUUGAGCAGCUGGUGUCCUACCCGGCCAUCCCUCCUGGCAUCACACGCUACAAUAAGACCAAGAUUGAGCGUUACUUCUCAGGAAUCACCAAACGGGACAUCAGGCGCCUGUACGCGCGCUACCAGGGUGACUUUCACUUAUUUGGAUACCCAACACCUGACUUUCUACUUAACUGACAUUAAUUAAUCAUACGGAAUCUGUUCCUAAUCUUUGGGGCUGAUUGUGUGUUACACCGCACAUCUAACAAGUGCAGUGUCAGAACUAUUAACACAAUAGUCACUCAAAUGCGAGAUAUUGUUGUAGUAGCAAUGACAAGCUAGUAUCAGUACACUGUAUGGAUUGCAAGGUUUGAGCCUAUCAGAAUGAACUUUUAUACAUUUUUUGUACACUUGAGAGGAUGUGGUAGAAUGGUAAUAAAGUGAAGGAGCAAAGAACCUAAUAAUUAAGUUCGGACACAGCCAGACUUGCAACAUUGUCCCACUCCACGAUGGAGUCAUUGUUCUCGAUGGCAAAAGCUCACACCAUUCUUUUAGGCUGGUAGUCACAAUGACCUAGCUCAGCAUUUUAGAAUGAUUAGAAGUGUAUGCAGUGUAGAAAUGAAGGAUGGAAACGGUCCUGUAUACAGCCGGUGUUACUGCCACAUACAGGGCCACCCUACUGGAUGGUUUUGUUUUGGUCAGAACAAUAAACACACAAACACAA